AUGUGGGCUCUGAGAAGCCUCCGCCGGAACCUCCCGAAGGCAGCCUCUUCGUCGCUCCACCGGAGGUGCGCCCCGUCGAUUAGCUCCGAGGACUUCGCGGCGAGGGGGCGAGGGGGCGAGGCGGCUGCGGCCUCAAUAUCAGCCGCGUUAGUGCCGGCGAGCACGGACGGCGGUGGGGUAUGCCGGCGGUUGAUGUCGACGAGCAAGGGGAGGAGCAUGCGGAGCAAGGUGGAGAAGCGGAUGGGGAGGGAGACCGGCCGCACGCAGAAGGAGCUGCGCCGCGCGGUCAAGCUCCGAAAGAAGCUCAUGACCGAGGACGAGAGGCUCAUCCACAGCAUGCGGAGGGCCAAGAAAAAAGUUGCUUUACUUCUACAAAAGCUCAAGAAGUAUGAGCUACCAGACCUACCAGCUCCUCGUCAUGAUCCAGAGCUGUUAACAGCUGAGCAGCUACAGGCUUACAAGAAGAUUGGAUUCAGAAAUAAAAACUAUGUCCCUGUUGGAGUUCGUGGAGUCUUUGGAGGUGUUGUUCAAAACAUGCACAUGCACUGGAAAUUCCAUGAGACAGUGCAAGUUUGCUGUGACAAUUUCCCGAAGGAAAAAAUUAAGGAAAUGGCAUCAAUGCUGACAAGAUUGAGUGGUGGUAUAGUGGUUAACAUUCACAAUACCAAAACAAUUAUCAUGUUUCGUGGAAGGAACUACCGUCAACCAAAGAACCUCAUACCUUUUAACACACUUACCAAACGGAAGGCUUUAUUCAAGGCUAGAUAUGAGCAGGCUCUUGAGUCACAGAAACUGAAUAUCAAGAAAAUAGAGACACAACUUCGUCGCAAAGGUAUUAACCCAGAGGACCCAGUUGCCAUGGCCAGCAUCCAGCGAGUUGCCUCGGCAUUCUUUCGAGCCAUAGACGAGCAGCAAGGUACUCCCUAUGUCUUCCAUGGGGAUAAACAACCUACUGCUGGGACUACAGAAUUAAAAGAAGCAGAUGUUGAGCCAGCUGAGGAUAGCGACCAGGAGGAGCUUGACAACUUCAUUGCAGAAAUAGAGAAUGCAGCAGAGAAGCAAUGGGAGGAAGAGGAGGCAGCAGAGAAAGAAGAAACUUCAAGGCUGCAGUAUCGCUACAGAGAAGAGAUGAUGGGUGAGCGGAGGGGUUUCAAUAGAAGCUAUGACAGCUCAGAUGCCGAUGAUAGAACCCAGGGAAGAUACAGGAGAGAUAACGACAACAAUAAAUGGGCAACAGAUACAAGGAGAUGGGAUGAUGACAGUGAGAUAGAGGCGUCAGGUGAGGAUGUGGGUGAGCGCAGGGGUUUCGGGAGAAGCUAUGAUAACUCAGAUGCUGAGGAUAGAAGCCAGGGAAGACACAGGAGAGAGAACAAAAACAACAGAAGAACAUCAGGUUCGAGCAGGUUGGAUGAUGAUACCGAGGCGUCAGGCGAGGACUGGGACAUUGAUGAUGGCAGGGAUAGUAUGGUUGGAUUCGACAAGGAGAGGCAUGUACCUGAUGAACAUCCUCGGCGAUUUGACAGCAUGCGACAUGAGAGGAGUAGUUCCAGUCACAGGCAGAAUUAUAUGCCUGGGGCCUCCAGAAGUCCCAGCCGGACCCCAAAGAAUGCAGUUAGUGUUUCUGAGGACAGUGAGGAUGAUGUGUCAGACAGUGAAGAUGAUGAGGUGUGGGGAGCAGAUUACAAGGAAGAGACGAGCUCGAGUGCCCCGAACGUGAAUUUUCCUAAUUACAAGAGCAGCAGCGAGGAGGAGGAUACUGGCGACAACUGGAUGCGUGGUGGCAGAACCAGCCAAACGAAGAAGCAUACCGACGAGGACUGGGACAGUGACUGA